CCUCCUUGUACCAAUAUCUAUGUGCUAAAAUAAAAUAAUAAGUAAAUAAACGUUUUUCCUAUUGUGCUUCUUACUUCCAUGUAACCUUGUAAUUUGGAAUAUAAUCUCUUUCCUGUUCAAUUGUGUUUUGAUUUGGGGACUUGUCGAGUGAAUAGCUGUCCGAGAAUACUAAGCAAUAGGAAUAGCUGGGUCAUAACCGUAAGAGAGAUUAUAACAAUGGCGAUGGGAAAAAGGAAAACAAAUUCAGGAUGCCCAUAUCAGAUGACCAGCUUAACCGAAUACUACAACAACAGCAAGCACAAAUUGGUGCCCAAAUGCGGUUGCUGGAGACUCUGACUCAACAGCUCAACAUCCACAGCUCGAGUUCACAUGUUAUUUCAAGCAAGUCUUGUGAUGCAGUUGCUAGCAGCAUCCCAGAGUUCAUCUAUGAUCCCGAAAGUGGAAAUACUUUUCUCACGUGGUUCAAGCGUUGGGAAGAUACAUUUAGAACAGAAUUCUGUAACCAAGACGACGCGUGGAAGACUCGAUUGUUGGUACGUAAGUUGGGAAGCAAUGAACAUGCACGUUAUACUGGCCAUAUAUUGCCAAAGUUACCUCGAGAGCUCAGUUUCAAGGAGACGGCAACUCAAUUGUCAGAGAUAUUCGGUGAGUCAUCCUCAUUGUUUAGUAUUCGAUAUCAGUGUCUAAAUUUGGUGAAACGCGAAACCGAUGAAUAUGGUGUUCUAGCAGACAUUGUCAACAGAGAAUGUGAACGGUUCAAGUUAUGCUCGUUGACAGAAGACCAAUCUAAAUGUUUAAUAUUCAUCAAAGCUCUUUAGUCACCACAAGAUGCUGAAAUCAGGACUAGACUUUUGACUCGACUGGACCAAGACCCAAACAUCACACUCAAAACAUUGACAGAUGAGUGUAAGCGGCUACAAAGCAUCAGACACGACAAUGAGUUGGUUGAAUAGGCAAAUCCUGAUUUAUUCUGCAGUGGUGUCAAUGCUAUUACUAGGUUAAAAGUUCAGAAGCCGAUAACAACUCGCAACAAACCAACGACUGCAUGCUGGUUAUGUGGUGAGUGGCAUUAUGUACGAUUCUGUCCAUUUAAGAAGCAUAAAUGUCAGGUGUGCAACAAACGUGGACAUAAAGAAGGUCAUUGUCCACCAAAUCGUACGUCUCGGCCCAAGAAGAAGCGUAAGCGUCCUCGACACACCAGAUCCUAUGAAUCUGCUCAAAGGGGAGGUGUUAGCGGGACAUAGACUGGAUU